UCCAUGCGUCAUAAGUGUGCGACAAUCACAUUGCCUUGUUUUCUUUUACUUUUCAUUAUUUUUUUUGGAGCUGUCAAGCUCUACAUACUACUAAUAUUAAUGUAAAAAAAUAGCACUGGCUUGUUAGGUGUGUAUUUGGGGAAAAUGAGUGACAGUGUUUCAACGUCGAGUGAUCGCACAAAUGGAGUUUUAGCGAUGGAGCUGCUUCGAAUCGACGUGCUGGAGGAGGAGGGGGAUGAUGUGCUGCAGGGAACAACCGAGAGAGACCAUUCCUCCUUUUCAAAAAACGUGUUGAGGAAGCAGCGGCACUGGGAGAGGAAACUCGCUGCCAGAAAGAGCAAAAGAAAGGAGGAGAAACUAAGGAGGAACCUCAAUCGACACUCAGAAGAAGGUGUGGAACAACCUCGUCUCACCAAGCGGGUCAUGAAGGCUGUCGCCAGAGAGCGUUUGGUUGAGGCCCGCUCCGGUGGCCUCAAAGUGUGCGUCGACCUCGGCAUGAGCCACCGCAUGUCUGGCAAGGAAACGAGCCGGCUGGCAGCUCAGUUGCGGCGGCUGUAUGGCGCCAACAAAAGGGCGAGCAAACCCUUCCAUUUGUUUCUGACGAGCUUUCGGGAGGACAGUCGCCUCCUCGCAGAGUGCGUGCGCAUGAACGCCGGCUUCCUCGAGUACAUGAUGGAGAGAACGGAGCAAAGCUGUCUGGAGAUUUUCCCCCCAGACCACGUCGUCUACCUCUCACCUGACGCCGAAGAAGCUUUGGAACGCGUGGACCACGACAAAGUCUACGUCCUCGGAGGGCUCGUGGACGAAAGCGUCCAAAAGACGCUGAGCCUCUCCCGGGCCAAAGAACUGGGGGUACGCGCGGUGCGGCUCCCGAUCGAUGAACACAUGAAGAAGAUGCCAAACGAGAAGAACUUCCACUCGAAGAUCCUGGCAAUCAAUCAGGUCUUUGAGAUCAUGCUGGCUGUGUGCGACACCGGCAGCUGGAUGCAAGCUCUGGACGAGCGCUUCCCCAGGGGGAAGGGCUAUGUGGUCGCGUAGCGCGGCGACAAAUUAAGACUUGACCCAAAUGAAAACAAGUCGGAAAAUUGCUUUUCAGUUUCAAUCUUUAUUUUACCAGUUUUUUUUUUUGUUUGUUUUUACAAAAUGUUUUGAACAUUGGUCUCAAGCUGGCGGCCCGGGGGCCAUUUGCGGCCCGCGAGGUGAUAUCCUGCGGCCCCAACCUUAAGAUGAAAAUGUAAUAUUAGCGCGGCUCUCGAGUUUUUUUUUUUAUUUUAUGAAUGGCACUUUUACAGUGUUGUGUGCGGAUUGACGACCCAACCAAUCACGGAGGGGUAGAUGGCCCCAAGGUAAAUUGAGUUUGAGACCGCUGGUUUAGAACAUUUUUUUAAAUCUGAAUUAUGAAAAUAAAACUUUUCAUACCAACUAAUCUAAAUGUCAUCAACGCAUUUUUAUUUAGCUUUGCGGGCCUCAUAAAAUCAUGGGGUGGGCCAGGUCCAGCCCCCAGGCUUUAAGUUUGACACCUGUGUUGUCACUGUUAUAAUUUAUGAUAUGAAAAUUUGAUAUUUUGGUACAGAUUUGACCAAAAAUUCACAAGUUAAUACACACGAUUUAGCUUAAAAACAUAAAAUCAUGCGACAGGCCGGAUCUGGCCCCCAAGCCUCGGGUUUUACAACCUCUCAUCAAUGUUGUCAUUUAUAUGACAAUUUGAAAUUUUGGUUCAGAUUUGAAUAAAAAUCAUGGCGGUUAAUACACACGGUUUCGCGACUGAAAAUGUAUUUCAACCUUUCGAGCGGGGUUUUCAAACUAGAAGCCCGCGGGCCAUUUCCGGCCCCCAAGGUGAUAUUUUGUGGCCCCCACCUUACUAUGAAAGGUUAAUGUUAGCACAGCUUUCGAGUUUUAUACGAAUGGCACUUUUACACUGUUGUGUGAGGAGCUGACGCCCCAACCAAUCGUGGUGGGGCGUAUGAACGGCAAAAUUCACAAAAGGUGUUUUCGCCAUGAGAAUUUGGAUGUCCACCUUUCUGGCUUUCAGUGAAUUUUCCGGUAUCUCUGCUGCAACUUACUAAUGAACC